AUGGGAUUCCUGGAUUCAGUCUGUAGGAUCAGUGAAAGGUCUCACUGCUGGAGGACAAUUCUGAAGCUAAAGGCAGAGAAUGACACCCUGCUGGCACGAAAAGAGAUACUGGAGGAUCGUGUCAGAAAAGCCAUAUGCUACCAAGAGUUCCUGGAGAGAGCCACAAUAAUGUCCGGAAAGUUUGAGAGCAUUGGUCAAGUCAUUGACCGUCUUCACACACUCCAGUCCAUCAACAAGGAACUUCUAGAAAGCCAAACUAGGUUAGAGAAGGAGAGAGAAAGCACAAAGCUGAAACUGAUACAGUACAUAAAUAAACUGCGAACUGUUCUCCUGCACUGUAACAACCAACUGCACCAGCAACAGACGCAGCUAGACACCAUACGCUUAGAAGCAUACAAAUGGGAAUUAAAACUGAAGCACUUCCAUUCCACUGCAGCAAAAGAGACGCUCCAGUUUGCUCAGCUAAAGGCCACAAUCCGUAACAUUUAUCAGAUGAUCACACAUUACAGAAGAGUCUCUGUGGACACUGAGGACACCUUCAAGCAGCUGGAAAUGAUUCAGAAAUAUUUUCAGUUUAUGAGAGCUAUAGAUGAUGAACUGAAGUUCAACAUUAUAACAAGGCCGAAUCGAACUGAAGGGAAUGACAGCGGAGAUUAAGACUCAAGCUCUGUGUAU